CGGAAACUGAAAAAUUAAAAACGACCGAAAACCCAAAAACAGAGGAAGCAAAACAGAACGAGGCAGAGUAGAGAGAGAGAGAGAGCGCGCGUCGCAGGGUGAGGACUGAGGAGUUGGGGAAGAAGAAGAAGAAGAAGGAGAAAAAGGAUUUUUCAUUUCCAUUUCCAUUUUCCUUCCUUAAUUUGUAGCGCGAAAAUAGAUUCUUUUUAGAAUUGUCUCAAAGGGAUUUUUCUUAACUGAGGAAAGUGGUAAUGAGUCGACAAAAGAAAUUCAAAGAGUGAAAUUUCCUUGCUGGGAUCUCUCUCUCUGUCUCGUCUCGUCUCAUUUUCUUUUCUUUCUCUCUCCGUUUUCCCUGUUUGGAGGAGCGGGAUUCUUUCUCUUUCUUUCCCUUUCUUGUUCUUUUUCCCUUUUUCGUGUAUAUAUAGCAGGGGAAGGUUUUGGGGCGGGUCUCUUCUCUUUUUAUUUCCAGUAGUGUCUGACGAUUCGGCAAUCGCACUUCAGACUUUCGUUGAGAGAGAGAGAGAGAGAGAGAGAGAGACUUCGUUUUGCCGCAGUUAGAAGAGCUCUAAUCGCCACGAAUUGUAAUGGGUAUGUGCUCAUUCCUCUCUGUUUUGUGGCUCUUCUCUGUUUUUUCUUCUCCUUCCCUCACCGACAUUUCUUCUGGACUCGCGUUUGCUUCUGUUACUUCCUUUAUUCUUCUUUUCUCUUGCUUCUGCUGCUGUUUUGCUGUGGUGGUUUUGUUUUUUGGGGUUUCUUCUUCCCUCCCCUUCUUAUUUUUGGCUCAUUAUAGUCGUUAAUGAAGUUGGGCCCUUCUGGGAUUGAGUGAUAAUAACAAUUAGCAAAGGUGGGUUUUGGAUUCUGCUCGUGUUUCGAUGCUUGGGGUGGAGAAGGAAGGACAAGGAGGGUCGUCUGCUCUGAACUGGAGCCAUUUAUGAGAAGAUGUUUUUGAUCCCUUUUAUGGGGUUUUCAGAAUCUAUUCUCUUAUUGGUCAUCUCCCAUUAUUCCAUUUUUUUCUGUUUCCUUUUCUAUGAAUUUUAUUUUAUUUUGGGGAGGAGGGUUGUUUUCAAACUUCCACUUUAUGCUCUCAUUGGUUUGCUUCUAUCUAUUCUUAUGUGGGUUUAUGGUUUUCAUUUCCUAUUCUCUCUUGUUUCUAAUUCUAAAUUCACUCUGCCUGCAGAGCUCAACAUGAGCUUUUCCAAUGACAUGGAUGAUGAGUAUGAGAAGCUCUUUAGAAGACUAAAUCCACCUAGGGUUGUGAUUGAUAAUGAAUCCUGCAAGAAUGCUACUGUGAUAAGGGUUGACAGUGCAAACAAGCAUGGAAUCCUGCUAGAUGUCGUUCAAAUACUCACUGAUCUCGACCUCAUAAUAACCAAAGCUUACAUCUCUUCUGAUGGCGGUUGGUUCAUGGAUGUGUUUAAUGUGACAGAUCAGGAUGGAAACAAAAUUACUGAUGAACCAAUUCUUGACUACAUUCAAAAGUCUCUAGGGCCAGAAUCAUGCUUCACAUCUUCAAUGGGAUCAGUUGGGUUCAAACCAUCAGUAGACCACACAGUGAUUGAGCUAACCGGAAGCGACCGACCUGGUUUACUAUCCGAAGUCUGUGCUGUCCUCACUCACCUUAAGUGCAAUGUUGUGAGUGCAGAGGUCUGGACACACAACACAAGGGCAGCAGCUGUGAUGCAAGUGACAGAGGAGGAAACGGGGUCUGCAAUUUCUGACACGGAGAGGCUGGCAGGGAUCAAGGAGCUGCUUCGGAAUGUGCUGAGUGGGAGCAACAGGUCUCGAGGGGCCAAGACCGUUGUGUCUCAUGAAGCCAUUCAUACAGAUAGAAGGUUGCACCAAAUGAUGUUUGCCGCUAGGGAUUAUGAAAGGAGUGGUGGCGAUAGUGUUGAUGGUUGCUUGGGUGAGAAGCAAAGGCCUGAUGUGAGUGUGGUUAAUUGGUAUGAUAAGGACUAUUCGGUUGUCACCAUAAGGAGUAAAGACAGGCCAAAACUUCUGUUUGAUACUGUCUGCACUUUGACUGACAUGGAGUAUGUUGUGUUUCAUGCAAACAUUGAUGCUGAGGGUCCAGAAGCUUACCAGGAAUACUACAUAAGGCAUGUUGAUGGGUCCCCUGUGAAAUCUGACGCUGAGAGACAAAGAGUUAUACAAUGUCUUGAGGCAGCCAUUGAAAGAAGAGUAUCUGAGGGUUUGAAGCUUGAGCUAUGUACAACUGAUAGAGUAGGGUUGCUAUCAGAUGUUACUCGAAUCUUUCGAGAGAACAGUCUUACGGUUACAAGAGCAGAGGUAACCACCAGAGGAGGCAAAGCUCUGAAUACAUUCUAUGUUCGUGAAGCUUCAGGGUGCCCGGUCGAUGCUAAGACCAUCGAUGCCAUUCGGCAAGUGAUAGGUCAGACGAUACUGAAGGUCAAAGGAAGGCCUGAUGAUUCAAAGCAAGCCUCUCAAGAAUCACCAACAAGGUUCCUCUUUGGUGGUCUGUUCAAGUCUAGAUCCUUUGUCAACUUUGGUUUGGUUAGGUCCUAUUCUUAGGAUCAAAAGAACUUCCCUAGACACUCACUCACUGAUUGUACAUAUAUCCAACUUAGUGACCUUUCAGCUUUUAGCUCAUGUGACCACAGUUUAGGAAGAAAGAAUCGAACCAUUUGGCAAAGGUAGGUUAGUGAAGGGAGAAGAGUUGGAAGUGUGUGACCUGUAAAUUUCACUGCUUUCCUGUAUCUCUCUCCCUCUCUGUCCCCUAACUGUUGUUAAUGUGUCCAAUCUGAGGUUGGAGCCAUGAAGGUAGAGGAAAGGAAGAAGAUGAGCACUGGAAAACCCACGUUGAAAGUUUUGGACUUUUUUUCUCUGUACAUAUAAUUAAAGUAAACUACGUGAUUAAAU